CUGUAUAGUAUAACUCCAAAUAAGUGCUACCGACGGAGAAGAGCAUCCAAUCCAUAUCCCAUCCUCGUUUCGUUAGUAAAAUAGUUCCCAUCUCUCUCUCACACACCCAAAAAAUUCUCCCGAAAAAAAACAACCUCAGACCCCCCCAAAACUUCCCUCCCUAAGUACCUGCUUCUUCAAGAAAUCAACUGUCAGAUUGAGAUCAGCAAGUCAAAGAUAAAGAUUUGAGAAAUCUGGUCAGUCUCGGCUUCUUCUUCUUCGCAUUUUAGCUUUUAAUACAAAUCCAGUCCCAGCAAGCAAGCAAGCAACCACUGUGUUUAUCUAUUUAUUUAUGAUAAUCAACAUGGAUCACCUGAAUGUGAUUCCCUUUGAUAAUAUCAGUAUGGGCAGUGAAGAUGACCCUAAUACUGCCCUUCACCUACAACACCAUCAACCUCAUAAUCUUGAUUUUGAUUUUGAUUAUCCCAAUAAUAACAAUGAUGAUGAUUUACUAGAACCCACUUCGUUAUCUGACCCAAAUCUUGAUCCCUAUGAGGGUAUGGAGUUUGAUUCUGAGCAGUCUGCUCGCAUUUUCUAUAAUUCAUAUGCUCGUCGUGUUGGUUUUAGUACUAGGGUCAGUGUCUAUCAGCGUUCUCGUCGAGAUGGCUCUAUUAUUUGCCGUCAAAUUGUGUGUUCCCGUGAAGGGUUUCGCCGUGAGGGCAAUGAGAAUAGGUCUAAAAGACAGCGAACUGUUACUAGGGUUGGUUGCAAAGCUCAAAUGACUGUUAAGAAACAGAGUUCUGGAAAAUGGGCUGUCACAAAACUUGUCGAGGACCAUAAUCAUGAGCUUGUGCCCCCUGAUAAGGUGCAUUCUCUCCGCUCUCAUAGGCAUGUGUCUGGUUCGGCACGGAGCCUCAUUGAUACGCUUCAGGCUGCAGGGAUGGGGCCAAGUGGAGUUAUGUCUGUGCUGAUUAGGGAAUCUGGAGGAAUUAAUAAUGUUGGGUUUACUAAAGUUGAUUGCCAAAAUUAUAUGAGCACUAGCAGGCAGAGGACUCUUGGCCCUGGUGGUCAGGCUGUUUUUGACUAUUUGAAGCAAAUGCAGGCUGAGGAUCCUGGUUUCUUUUAUGCUGUGCAAGGUGAUUUUGAGAACUCAACAGGAAACGUUUUCUGGGCUGAUGCUAAUGCAAGAAUGAAUUACAGUUUUUUUGGAGAUACUAUUACAUUUGACACGACGUAUAGAACAAACCGAUACCGGGUUCCAUUCGCACCCUUUACCGGGUGGAAUCAUCAUGGACAGCCUUUGCUCUUUGGAUGUGCACUACUCCUCAACGAAUCAGAGUCCUCAUUUGUUUGGCUAUUUGAGACUUGGCUUGCUGCAAUGUCUGGUCGCUGUCCCAUCUCAAUCACAACCGACCAGGACAGAAUCAUACGGGCAGCUGUUUCGCAAGCAUUUCCUGGAACUCGCCUCCGAUUUUGUAAAUGGAAUGUUUUUAGGGAGGCCCAGGAGAAACUAUCUCAUGAAUAUCACUCACACCCUACUUUUGAACCCGAGUUCCACAGGUGCAUCAAUAUGGCUGAGUCAAUUGAUGAAUUCGAGUCUUGUUGGGAGUCACUUCUUCAGAGAUUUGAUCUCAGUGACAAUGAAUGGCUUCAGUCAAUGUACAAUGCUCGCCAGCAGUGGGUGCCAGUUUAUCUCCAGGAUACUUUCUUUGGUGAGAUGUCCAUAUUGCAAGGAAGUGAUAGUAUAAACUCAUAUUUUGAUGGGUACAUAAAUGCAUCAACUAAUAUCCACAAUCUGAUUAAGCAGUACGAAAAAGCAAUGGCGAUUCGCCAUGAAAAGGAGGUGAAGGCAGAUUAUGAUACACUGAAUAGUCCACCUGUUCUAAAAACUCCAUCUCCUAUGGAGAAACAAGCAGCUAACUUAUAUACAAGGAGGAUAUUUAUGAAAUUCCAAGAGGAACUAGUUGAGACGCUUGCUUAUCUUGCCACUGUAGUUGAUGAUAUUGGAUCAGCCAUUACAUAUCAGGUAGCAAAGUUUGGUGAAGACCACAAAGUACACCAUGUUAGGUUCAAUGCUUUUGAAAAGAGAGCUAGUUGUAGCUGCCAAAUGUUUGAGUUCUCGGGUAUUAUUUGUAGGCACAUAUUAGCAGUGUUUAGAGUGAAAAAUGUUCUUACUCUUCCAUCUAAUUAUAUUCUGAAACGGUGGACAAGAAAUGCCAAAAGUGGGAUUGUGUUGGAUGAGCACACUCUUGGACUGCCAUGUAAUACCCAAGAGUCCUUAGCUGCUCGCUCUGAAAAUCUACGCCAGGAAGCCAUCAAAUAUGUAGAAGAAGGAGCAGAAUCAGAACAUAUUUAUAACGUGGCAAUGGAUGCCCUUCAUGAGGCCAUAAGAAAGGUUGCUGCUGCAAAAAUGUGUGGCUCUGCUCCUGUACAAACUACUGUGGUUAAUGGUAGUCAGCAGCUCCUGUCGUGUAGUCUGGACGAGGAUGAGAAAAUUCAGGAAUUGACAGCUGAAUUAGAACAAGCAAGUCAGCGAUGUGAAGCAUAUCGAACAAAAUUGCUCUGUGUUAUGAAAGACAUGGAAGAAUGGAAGUUGAGGAUAUCUGUCAAGGUUCAGAACGUGAGACUCAAGAUGAAAGAUUGAAUUACAGCGAUGUCUUCAUUUUUGUCAUGUUAAUCUAGAUUACACGUAGCAGAAGUUGUAGUUUAGUGGGCUUCGAAUGGUUAAACUCCCCCCCCAGUCUUACUAAUGGUUAGCUCCUGGGAGAGGAUGCAUUGUCAAAUGCUAAUCUAAUUGUGAAGUAAUAUCGAUGUAACCCUGUCCUGAGGUCUAACUGGAUGUCGCCAUACAGUACAUACCAAAAUGAAUUUUUAGACAGAUAUAGGGAAGUGCAGUUUGAAGGUCCAUGUUUUGACGAGGAGAGCUGAAUCUGUAUGGUCCCUGUCAUAGCUGCAUAUGACUAGGAGGGCUGUGUAUCAGAUUGAUAGCAUCAAUCAAGCAAUUUAGGUAGUGUUUUUGCAGCUUUUUCAAAUAAUACAUGCGUAGAUAGGGAGAUAAACGCUUUGUGAUUCAUUUAUAUAAAUUGUGUAAGCUUGGCUUCCACAGGUCCAUGAAUCAGUAAUCAGUUGUGUUUCUUGUU